AUGGUCGUAUUCAAUACAGAAAGUUUUUACGAAUGGAAAUUAGUUAUUGGAUUCGCAAUAUUUCUUUCAAUUCUCUAUAUAUGGAAGAAAAAGAGUAGAAAUAAACACGGAGACGAAAUACCACAACUCUCUAGUUGGGCCUAUGUUUGGAAUCUGAUUUUCUGUCAAGUAAAAGCUCAGAAUUUUCGGAAACUUUGCGGAAAAUAUAUGAAUCUAUUAGUAAACAAAAAAAAUGCUCAGGAUAUGAAAGUAAAAAAACUACCAUCUAUAUCCGUUUUAACAAUUCUGUGGAAUAUGUUAUUUUAUCAACGAGACAACAGACUGCACUACAAAUCGUCCUGGGUCAUAGACAUUCUAAAUGGAAUAGUUGGACUCCCUACACUAUUUCCAAAAGAGAAAGUCCUAUACGUCAACGUAUUUGGAUAUAAAUUAAUUUGUUUCAUACAUCCGGAAUCUGCAAAAGAAGUGCUAAGCAGCAACAGUUUUAUCACUAAGGAUUCUUUAUACGAUUUCUUUAUUCCAUUGUUAGGAAAAAAUAGUCUUUUAUACAGUCCUGACGAUAUCUGGAGAAAGAGGAGAAGAUAUUACGCUCCAUAUUUUCAUCUUCGGUAUAUCAAAGAUUAUCAAAAUGUGUUUAUGAAUCAUUCAAACUUGUUUGUCGAGAAAUUGAAAAAACUGCAGGAAAAUGAAAUUUUUGAUAUCGUAAAAUGGACGAAAUAUUGCUCUCUGGACAUAGUUACAGACUUAAUAUUAGGAAUUUCUCCAAACUCUCAGUCUGAAAAUAAUGAAGAAUACAUCGCAGCAAUAACCAGAGUAACAAAAUAUUUUUCUCAAUGGCUAACGAAUCCAUUGUAUUGGUUUCCCCCAACUUGUGCCAUGACUAAAAGGGGGAAAAAAUUGAAAAGAAACGUUGAAAUCAUUCACCAGUUAGAUGAAAAGGAGUUCAAGAGAAUGAAAGAAAAUUUCGUGAAAAGACACAUCGGUGAUGAUGAACACAAUGCAAAAAAACCAAACAUGAAAAUCGAACUUCUGAUAGAUGUACUGUUAGAUCUUCAUGUCAACCAAAAUUUAAUUUCGGAAGAAGAUGCUAUCAGAGAGAUGAAUGGCCUUAAAUUUGCUGCAUUACAUACAUCCUCCCAUGCUGCCUCCUGGACUCUAUAUUUCCUGGGAAGAUUUCACGAAAUACAAGACAAAGUGUAUAUGGAAUUACAGAGCAUUUUUCAAGACGACAUAAAUAGAAAUAUUACAAUUAAUGACUUGACAAAAAUGACUUAUUUAGAAUGCGUAAUAAAGGAGUCGAUUAGAAUCUAUCCUCCUGUACCUGUCAUUUCAAGAAAAAAUCCGUAUGAAAUAAAAAUUGAUGAUUAUGUUUUACCACCAAAAUCUACUUUCGUAAUUUGCAUGUAUGCCAUUCACCACAAUCCUUCUGUUUAUGAAAAUCCAGAAGUGUUCGAUCCAGAUCGUUUCCUGCCUGAAAACUUUAAACAACUCCAUCCUUAUGCUUUUCUGCCAUUUUCUGCUGGUCCCCGAAAUUGUCUAGGAGGUAAAGUAGCGAUGGUUGCAAUGAAAACAGUUUUAGCAAAUGUUCUUCGAAAUUUUAAAGUUUACUCUGUGGAUCCUCAAGACAAAAUCAUUAAUUCUUUUGAAUUAUUUUUGUGUCCACUGUCAGGAAUAAGAAUGCGGAUAGAAAAGAGAUAAACUACUCUUAUAUUGUCUUAUCUUAAUAAACGUUUUUUUUUUUUUUUACAAAUUUACAUAAAUACAGUAAGGAAUAAAUUUAAAAUGAAGUGAA